CGAAGUUCUUCCUUCUUCUUCUUCCUUCCCAUUGCAAAGAGGAUGAGAGAGAAUAUAAUGGUCGUUAAUGGCUUCUUUCUUCUGUAGGGCCUGUGGGUCAAGUUUAUAAAAAACAAGCGAUUCGAGGGCCAAGGCCCAGUCUAUUCUUUCUGUAUUUUUUACCGUAUAUAUUUUUUUUUAGGUAAUUGCAAAAGAUAAGCGACGCUACCAUGUCUCAGGAAUGCAUAAUAACAAAGUGAAGACGCAACUUUAGGCUGUUUGAUUUUGCACCCAUUUCCUUAUAUAUGAUCUGACGGCAUUUACAUUCGUGGUCAUUCUCCACUAAUAUAGGUGCUUAACAUAGUAAGCAAAUUGAAUACAAAAAAGAAACAAAAAACAUAAUAAGCAAAUUAAUUUAAAUACCCUUAGUUCUACCAGAAAUGAAAUUGAUUCCGCCGCCGCCUCCUCCUCCUUGAAUUAGGGUUGUCUCUGGGUAAUUUUUUUGAUGGUGGAAGUUUUCUUUCUUACUUCAGCUGCUUUUCAAUUCCCAUCAGGGUUUCUCAAAAAAGAAUACAGGAAUUUUGGAGGAAAUUUCCAUACUUGAGCUGGUAUCCAGGAAGCAACUAGAAGCUAGCUCCAUCAAUAAUUAUUUAUUUUAAGUUAUGUCGAAGAUGAAUGUCUCACAACCCCUGCAAAUUGGUUGUGGUGGUGAGGAUAUAACCACCAAUACUACUGGGACAAUGAUUGAGAUGAAGCAGGAAAGAUCAUAUAAGAGAAAAAAUUGUGGUGGUGAUACAACAAAUACCCCAACAGUGAUGAAGAAAAGUAAAGUCAGUGGUGCUACAAAUACUCCAACAGUGACGGAGACGAAGAAAAGACCUUAUAAAAGAAAAAAUUGUGGUGAUGCAAAUACUUCAGCAAUAAUGGAUAUCAAGAAGAAAAGACCUUAUAAAAGAAAAAACUGUGGUGAUGAAAAUACUUCAACAUUGAUGGAGACAAAGAAAAAAAAAGAUUGUGGUGGUGAUACAGCAGAUACGUCGACAGUGAUGAAGAAAAGUAAAGAUUGCGGUGGUACAAAUACUCCAACAGUGAUGGAGACAAAAAACAGACCAUAUGAAAGAAAACAUUGUGGUGAUGCAAAUACUUCAACGGCGAUGGAGGCAUGUAGAAGAAAAGAUUGCGGUGGCGAUACAACAAAUACGUCAACAGUGAUGGAGACCAAGAAGAAAAGAGCAUAUAGAAGAAAGAAGUGCCUUCCUCAUGAUUUAAUUGUGGAUGAAAUAUUAACCAGGCUUCCAGUCCAGACACUGCUGACGUCCGUUCUGGUAUCCAAACUCUGGUAUAACUCCAUUCAUAAUGAUCAUAAACGCUUAACUUAUUAUCAUUUCCUUGAAUCACAGAAACACCCCCAAGUUAUCCUUAGCCUUUUGAAUGUUAGGAAUGGGGUUAAUAAAAACACGGGUGAGCCUGAGUAUGGGUGUCACUUCUUCAAAUUUAACACUAGAAUUUAUGGUACUGAAAAUAUUGUGAAGUUUGACAAGUUUCGAGGUUGUGUUUUUGAUCGCGGUGUAUAUGAGAUGGUCGGUUACCGUCAUGGUCUACCAUGUGUGGCUGCAGUCGGUAAAUACUCAACUGGUUACAUGAUUGUGGACCCAAACAGGAAAGACUUUCUCUCUAUCUUUCAUCCAGUUAAAGUUGGGAAAUGCACCACCAAUGCACGCACCAUCUGUCACGGAUUUGGGUUCGAUUCCUCAACGAACAAGUACAAGUUGGUAAGUUUUUUCUCUACUGCGGAAAAGGUGCUUAACGCUGUGGUAUUUACACUGGGAACUAAAUCAUGGAGAGAUGUCACUGCUACGAUUGUGCCGAUAUUAGGUCGUCCUAUUAGACACCUAAGAGUGCGCACGGGUAGGGACAAAUCAGCCAUCUUCUGUACCACGAGCAGCAAUGGAUGUUUGGUCUGGAAGAUAAUUGCAAAUUUGGUGGAAGCAAGAUCUGACAAUAUCGAGCAUGAUUACAGUAAUAUGGAUGGUAAUGAGUUGGAGAUGCUACUGUCGUUCAAUCUCCACGACGACAAGUACCAGUUCAUUCAACUGCCAGCCAAACGCACUACUGGAGAGCAACAGAAGCACCCACUUGCUGUUUUUCCUCGUCUUCUGGAGUUGAAGGGAUUUCCUUGUAAGCACUUACAUGAUGAUUAUCCUCAUCUUUUGGAAUUCAAGGGAUCUCCUUGUAUUGCACGUUUUGAAAAAUUACCAACGAAAGGAAGUGAUGAUUCUCAUCGUUCCCGUGAUGAUCAUCCGAGUCGUACUAGAUGCUGCUGUUGUAGUAAAGUUCAUUUGUGCCUAUUGAAGGAGGAAGGGUGGGUUCAGGAGGAGAGUUUUGAUGUUUGUGUAGAUUCUAAUCUCACAUGGUCAAGGGAUCUGGCACCAGAUCCCUGCUGUUUUUGCUUCGACGCUAUACCUCCUACUCGCAUAUUCAGUUUCUCGGAUCAGAUGUUUCUUUACUGGUUCAACGGGAAGCAUCUUCAAGUUUACAAUCUGCGUUCUAAAAAGCUUCAGCUUGUACUGCCUGUUCAUCCUAAAGAGGCUGAUGUUUUUGGAGCAAAGAGGAUAGAACCCCAGCACAUUUAUUAUUGUUCCGAUGUUUUUAGUUGGUUAGAUGAUGAUAUUUCUUUCAUCAAUCAAGAUUUCCAGCUGCACUGUCAUGAGGACAACUUUGUUUCUCUACAAACCUUCAUACCGGAAGGAGUGGAAGGAGUUGAUGUUGAUGGUUUCAGUGAGUCGGAUUUGGAUAGAUGUUCGGCUUAUGUGCUUAUCCACAGAGGCUCAAAAGUGUAUUAUCCUUCUUAUUAGUACACAUAUCUCGGUAACUGACAUCAGUUUACUAGAUUAAUUCAGUUUUCUCAGAUCAGAUGUUGCUUUACUGGUUUAACGAGGAUUACCUUCCCGAAAUGCGUCAGCUUUUACUGCCUUCAAACCUAAAGAGGAUGUUGUCUUUGGAUCACUUAUUGCUCGCGAUGAAGACAUUUAUUGCUCAAAUGUGGAUCACUGGAUUGUCAGCUGCGCUGUCAUUAGGAGAACUUCCUUUUGUCUGCAAACCUUAAUACCGAAGGGAGUGGAAGGAGUUGAUGCUGAUGUUCUCAAAGAAUUAGAUUUAAAGCGAGAAGGCUCUCCAUGUUGGGGGAUAUCUGUUUAUCAACAGAGGUUCAGAAGUGUUUUUAUCCUUCUUUUAAUUAGGUACAUGUAUGUACUAUCUUAUCUUGGUAAUUGUCAUUGGUUUACUAGAUUUAUUGGUUAAGAUUUAGAGUUACUGUCAUGCUUUAUUACUAGAAUCCUGAAUUAGACAUUAGAUUAUAUUCGAUGAGCAUAUCCAGUGAAAUCAUCAAAAACUUCAAUGAUGUAUAUCUUGAAAGUUAAUUUAAUCUUUUCCUCGAAAGGGUGAUGAGUUCAACCAGGAAGACUCGAUAAUGAACUUUCCCAAAAUCA